AUGUUUGGCAAGAUAAAGAACCAGGACUCGUACCCUCCGGAUAAUUUCAAGAGGCCCUUCAGAUGCGAGAUAUGCUCGCGAGGGUUCCACAGACUAGAACACAAGAAGCGCCAUUUCAGGACGCAUACCGGGGAGAAGCCGCACAAGUGUAAGUUUCCUUCAUGCCCGAAGAGUUUCAGUCGCGCCGAUGAGCUUAAGAGGCACAGCAGGACACACAUGUCAGUGAACAAUAAAGCGAAGGGUAAGAAGAAGAACAAGAAGAACAAUGCCAACGACACAUCAAAGAAAGAAGGAAGCGAGCCCCAGUUCAGGGUGAUAGAGGGGAAAGUAAUGAACCCGGUAACGACACCAGCGAUUCCAACAACCAUACAAACGAGGUCUCAGAUCAGCGAUAGAGGGAUUCCGGUGGUACCGACUGAGAGCACAGGCAGCUUUGGUUCGGGGACCAGUAUACGCGACCCAGCACGGAUGUACAUUUUACCGCCGCUAUCGGGGCUAUCGUCGGAGGUAAGCAGCCGGUCGCACUCAGCGGUGAGCCUAACCACGCUCGCGAUGAGCACCAACCCGUCCACCUAUGGCUCGCUGGACAGAAGCACAAGUGGGAGUAAUUUACUCGGGUACGGCAUGGGUGCCACUACGCCGUCGUUGAUCAACAGCAGCACGUCACCAGUAUCGCCGUAUUUUGACAAGAGACACUCGCGGUCGCUGAUGUCAGCGCUACAUAGACUGACACCGUUCCAGGAGGACGGAUCAGUGUCGAUGGGGUCAACCACGCCUGUCUUCAGCAUGUGCGACUCCAAGCCGCUGUCUGCAUCCAGCAGCGUGGUGUCCAUGGCCUCGCUCAAGGACAGAAACGACUACUUGGAGCACCCACAGGGCAUCUCACACAAGACAGAAGACAGAGUAACACUCCCACCGGUACGGGAUAUACUGAAGGAUGUGAUGGCAUACAAGUAG